AGUGGGUAUCGGCAGUGAACCACAUUGUCGAUGUCCAUGAGCAUGACAACCCACUGUACCCAGUUUGUUAUCAUGGCCCAGUUUCAGAACCACGAGAAUGGCUCAAAGAAGAUAGUGAGACGUACGCAAAGGUCAAGGACAUCUUGACAGCACCCGCACUGCUCAGGGAUGUCCCUAUGCUUUCUACAAAACAACAGACAUAUGGCCUGGAGUCAUACCACAGUGUCCUGAACCACUUCGUUCCGAAAUCCUAUUCGUUUUCUGACGAGGGGAUGGUGGCCAGGACACAGUUGGCAAUACUCCAUUACAACGAGAAUGCUGACCGUGUGCAAGUGGAAAGAGAGGGCUCCAAGCAGUUCCGACUGAAGCCAUCCAAGCUGAAAAAGACGUGGGUGGCCGUACCCCUCAAAGAAAAUGCUACCUAUGAUUAUGCGGCAACACUGAUUGCAGAGGUUCUGACUCGCAUUCAAGAACACCAAACGCAGUCAGCAGCUGCAGAAACUCGGCCAGCUCGUUCAGCAACAUAUGGCGAGAAGCCAACUCUUAGGCAAGCUGUGGAACAACACCAAACACGGUUCCAGAAGGGAAAGUAGGCCAUGUCCACACCGGCUGAGGACCACGGACAGCUGGCCAUCUUGACAUAUGACACCACAAACGGCCCUUUUCAGGGCCAACCAAUGCUUUACGCAAAGACAAGCGUUGCUUGUAGAUCAACCCACCUCAUAUGACAUUGCAUAUUAAUUCUCAAACCCAUUUUGAUAACUGCAUAACUAAAAUCAUUAAAGGGACUAUCGCAUCCAUGUGUGUACGUUAGUCGUCGCUUAACAGUUAACUUGGCCAAAAUUCACUUCCAUAAAC